GAUUUAAUGCCUCAAAUUGUUCGGUUGAAAUUCAAGUUAGAAGACACUCCCAGCAUAAAAUUGAUGUUGGGAACUCUUUGACUAUAAACUGUCCAGUUCGUUACUGCGACAAAAAGCCAACCAUGCAGUGGUGCAAGAUGGAAGUGGAUACAUGCGUGCAGCUGAAGGAUGCCAAAGCAGAAUGGAAUGGCAGGGUGUUUACUCUGGAGUUUUUCUCAGUUCAUUGGAAUGAUAGUGGAUCUUAUCGUUGUGAAGCAAUAGAGGACAAAUUUCACAGUUCGAGCCAUGGAAUAGAGGUUAUUGUUGAAGAAAGGUCUGCAAACUUUAUCACAAAUUCACCAGAAAAUACUACUAACAUCUCAGAAGAGUCCCGGGAAUCUGGAAAUAACAAGAUAUUGUACAUUAUUUAUGCUUUAGCGUCCGUGGGUCUUUGUUGUCCAUUCAUCAUUAUAUGCACAUUUCGGCGUCUAAGGAGGUACCACACAAAGCGAAAGAGAACUCCAUUAACCCAGCAAAGGCAAGAGAGCCUGGUCAGAAGUCCAGCAACUGCUCCAUCCCAUGCUGCUGGGACAGCUCAGUCUUCAGAAGAAAGCUCCUCACUUUACUAUUGCUCCAUGACUAGCCCACUGAAGGCCUUGCACAGCAAUGCCAUUUAUGACAAUCAUGUUCCUCCCUGGAAUGCUCAGAAGGCAGCACCUAAUGCAACUCACAAUGAUCCUGUUAGGCCUUCCACCCCAGCUUUACUUGAAAGCCCAGAUGUCCUCACAUACGCUACACUAAAUUAUUCUGCUUCUGCAGAAAGAUGCCAGAGAAGGGAACUAGUUGUAGAACAUGAGUUUACAGAAUAUGCCUCCAUUAAUGUAAAUAAAUAA